CUUUCUUCUGCACACUAGUUUAGCAGUCCUCUCCUCCAUCCGCCUUUCUCUCUCUCUCUCUCUGGUCUCUGAUGUGGUAAGGAGUUAACCACUACUACUAUUGCUUCUUUAACCGCAUGUAUAAAUGAUGACCGAUGACGAGCAGCAGACCACCGCCAUGACUCCUUCCUCUGUUCACUGCCAUCAUCCUCACAACCAUCGGAUGGUCAAGGCCGGAGCAGCAGCAGCAGAUCAACAAGACGAUGACGAAGACGACAGUGGCGAUUAUCUGUUAGGGGGACCGAACCCGACCACAUUCUCCCAACUCCUCUGCUCCAGCGACGACGAUCCUCCUCGUCACAUGAUCAUUGACGCCGCGCAUGUCCAUCCUCCCCACUCUGCUCCUCCUCCUCCUUCGAUGCUCUGCUUUGGCGCCCCUGCCGCUACCACCCAAUGCUGCUCCCACCUCGAGGACGGCGGUGCUCUGUUCUCGCCGCCGCGUCAUCAUCAUUAUCAAGACAACAAUCAUGACGACGAUCUUCUUCUUCCAAACACCGCCCCCGCGGCCGCCACUGCAAAUCCUCCGCCAGCGAGGAAGAGGGCAAGCAAGAAGAGUAAAACAGCACUGGUAAACAACCGUGGCACCACUGCUACCGCCGCUGUACCCGCCUCUCCUCCUCGUGUUCCUAAGGCAAGGAAGGAGAAGGUGGGAGAAAGGAUUGCGACAUUGCAGCAGCUGGUUUCCCCCUUUGGCAAGACGGAUACGGCAUCGGUACUGCACGAAGCGAUGGGAUACAUCAGGUUCCUGCAAGAUCAGAUUCAGGUCCUCUGCUCGCCUUACCUCCUCCUCCUCCAAGAAACCCCAGCUCAGCAGCAGGGGAAGAGGGAGCUGAAGAGCAGAGGGCUGUGCCUGGUUCCGGUGGACUGGACCAUGCAUGUCGCCAACGGCGCCGAUCUUUGGUCCCCUCUCUCCACCACCACGACGGCUCCCACUCCCGCGUUUCCGUGCUUUCCACCACUGCCAGCCUCGUCGGCCGACCAGUAAUUGGAUUUGGAUGAAUGUCUCGGUUCUUUUGUAACCUUUUUUUCCUAGCUAGUUAAAAGCCAGGAGGGUAGUUAGAGGAAAGACGGGGGACCCACUGAGAAAAGGGGAAAAUUGUAUGUAUUUUUUUUUUUUCCCUCGCUGGUGGUCAAAGGGUGCUGUUUCUUUCUUUCUUUCUAAAAUAGUGAAUUUUCCCGACG